CCAUCUCACGUGCCCUCCAAUCCUUAUCCUCGAAAAUUCAGAACCAAGCGACACAAAAAUUGGGCGCGACGCAGAGCUGCGGCGCAAAUUUUUUGUGAGCGCAAAAGCAAAAGCGUGUCUCGGUUGAAACACAGAGAGAGCGAGCGAGCUUUUUCUCUCUCUUGGGAGGGUUCGGGAGAAGCGGUAAUGGCGGACCAGAGGAACAGGUGGAACUGGGAGGUCCCUGGGUUCGAACCGAGGAAGUCAUUCGAGCGGGACGAUCAUGUACCCGCUCCUUUGGUUCGAAGGUACUCCAUUUCGACGUCGUCAGUUCUGUCGCACGUUGACUCGUCGAGGAACGCCUUUGCCGCGAAAGUUCUGAAAUUGAGGGAUAAGGUUAAGCGUGCAAGAGAAGAUUGCUUGGAGUUGAGACAAGAAGCCAGUGACCUGCAGGAGUAUUCUAAUGCAAAACUUGAUCGUGUUACACGCUAUCUUGGUGUGCUUGCUGAUAGGGCUCGAAAACUAGAUCAAGCUGCCCUUGAGACUGAGGCAAGAAUUUCUCCCCUUGUCACUGAGAAGAAAAGGUUGUUUAAUGACUUGUUGACAGCCAAAGGAAACAUAAAGGUGUUUUGCCGCACAAGGCCACUAUUUGAAAAUGAAGGCCUAUCCUGCAUUGAAUUUCCUGAUGAUUUCACAAUCCGUGUUAAUACUACUGAUGAUUCUCUCUCCAACCCUAAGAAGGAUUUUGAAUUUGAUAGGGUUUAUGGACCUCAUGUUGGACAAGGGGAACUUUUCCAUGAUGUCCAGCCAUUUGUACAAUCAGCUUUGGAUGGGUAUAAUGUUUCCAUAUUUGCUUAUGGGCAAACUGGUUCAGGAAAGACACACACUAUGGAAGGAUCUAGUCAUGAGCGUGGUUUGUAUGUUAGGUGCUUUGAGGAGCUGUUUGAUUUGUCCAACUCAGAUAUGACUUCUUCUUCACGACUUGAUUUUUAUGUUACAAUCUUUGAGCUAUACAAUGAACAGGUACAUGAUUUACUCUCAGAACUGAGGAAUAAUCUAUCGAAGGUCCACAUGGGUCCACCAGAUUCUUUCAUAGAACUUGUUCAGGAAAAGGUUGAAAAUCCUUUAGACUUCUCUAAAGUUCUAAAAGCAGGGCUUCAGAAUCGAGGGACAGACAUAAUGAAAUUCAACGUUUCUCAUUUGAUCAUUACAAUUCACAUGCACUAUAGCAAUUGGAUUACCAGAGAAAACUUGUACAGUAAACUUUCUCUUGUGGACUUGGCUGGAAGUGAAGGUUUGCUUGACGAAGAUGCUAGUGGAGAGCGAGUAACAGAUUUGCUGCAUGUGAUGAACUCGCUUUCUGCGUUGGGAGAUGUAUUAUCGUCUUUGACUUUGAAGAAGGAUAUUAUACCCUAUGAGAACUCAAGACUUACAAGAAUACUUGCAGACUCUCUAGGUGGAAGCUCAAAAACAUUGAUGAUUGUAAAUAUUUGCCCAAAUGUUUCAAAUCUAUCUGAGACAUUGUCUUCGCUAAAGUUUUCUGCAAGAGCUCGCAAUGCUGAACUAAGUCUUGGAAAUCGGGAUACCAUCAAGAAGUGGAGAGAUGUGGCUAAUGAUGCACGAAAAGAAUUAUAUGAGAAAGAAAAGGAAAUCUAUGAUCUAAAGCAAGAAGUGUUGGGUUUAAAGCAAGCACGGAAUGAUGCAAAUGACCAGUGCGUCCUUCUUUUCAAUGAAGUCCAAAAGGCUUGGAAAGUGUCUUUUACCCUACAGUCUGAUCUGAAGUCAGAAAACAUAAUGGUUGCAGAGAAGCUUAAAAUUGAAAAGGAUCAAAAUGCUCAGCUUAGAAAUCAAGUUGCUCAUCUCUUACAAUUAGAGCAAGAACAGAAAAUGCAGAUACAACAAAAGGAUGCAACAGUUCAGGCCCUGCAGGCAAAAAUUAUGAGCAUCGAGUUGCAACUGAACGAAACUCUCCGUUCUGCUGAUGCGAGGUCAGCAAUUGGUUCAGAAUCUACUGGGGUUUUACCAACUACAAAAUCAACAGGAGACAGUAAUGAUUCUUCAGCUGUUACCAAGAAACUUGAGGAGGAACUCUCAAAACGUGAUGUACUUAUUGAGAGGUUGCAUGAAGAAAAUGAGAAGCUGUUUGAUAGGUUGACAGAAAAAUCUGCAUUAGGUGGAUCAACCAAGGUGUCAAACCCAUCCCCUAAAGAAUUAUUGGACCGUCAGACUCAGGAGUUAGGGAGGACAAAUAAUAGCAAAGGGCCUUCUUCGGAUGUUCUUCCAUUGCCAUCAGGUGCUGAUAAAACUGAUAGUGCAGUUGCUCUGGUUAAAUCAGGUUCCGAGAAAGUAAAGUCAACUCCAGCAGGAGAAUAUCUUACUGCUGCAUUGAUGGACUUUGAUCCUGAACAAUAUGACAGCCUCGCCACUGUAGCUGAUGGAGCAAACAAGCUAUUAAUGCUGGUUUUGGCUGCAGUAAUUAAAGCAGGGGCAGCAAGAGAGCAUGAAAUCCUUGCCGAAAUCAGAGAUGCUGUUUUUUCAUUUAUUCGUAAAAUGGAGCCUAGGAGAGUGAUGGAUACUAUGCUUGUAUCUCGUGUUAGAAUUCUGUACAUAAGAUCUUUGCUUGCUAGAUCACCUGAACUGCAGUCCAUCAAGGUUUCUCCAGUUGAACGCUUUUUAGAGAAAGCCAAUACUGGCCGCAGUAGGAGCUCCAGCAGGGGCAGUAGUCCCGGCAAGUCUCCUGUUCGUUAUGACUCCAGUACAAGAACUUCUCUGGUUGAUGAGCACAUCCAUGGUUUUAAAGUAAAUAUAAAGCAAGAAAAGAAAUCCAAGUUCUCAUCAAUCGUCUUGAAACUCCGAGGAAUUGAUCAGGAAACAUGGAGGCAGCAUGUAACUGGUGGAAAGCUUAGGGAAAUAACCGAGGAAGCCAAAAGUUUUGCAGUUGGAAACAAGUCUCUUGCUGCCCUCUUUGUUCAUACUCCAGCAGGUGAACUGCAGCGUCAAAUCAGAUCCUGGCUUGCUGAGAACUUCGAGUUUCUUUCUGUUACUGGAGCUGAUGCUAUUGGGGGUACGGCUGGUCAGUUAGAACUUCUUUCAACAGCAAUUAUGGAUGGAUGGAUGGCUGGUCUUGGUGCUGCAGUUCCACCCAGUACUGAUGCUCUUGGUCAGCUUCUAUCUGAAUAUGCAAGGAGGGUUUACACUUCUCAAUUGCAGCACUUGAAGGAUAUUGCAGGUACCUUGGCAACUGAAGAGGCAGAAGAUCCAGCACAAGUAGCAAAGCUGCGCUCUGCCCUUGAAUCUGUUGAUCACAAGAGAAGGAAGAUUUUACAACAAAUGCGAAGUGAUGUAGCCUUGCUAGCAGUAGAAGAAGGUGGUUCACCCAUUCAAAAUCCUUCUACAGCAUCUGAAGAUGCGCGCUUAGCAUCUCUUAUAUCCCUUGAUGGCAUAUUGAAGCAAGUCAAGGAAAUAACAAGCCAGGCCUCUGCAAACACACUGACUAAAAGUAAGAAGAAAGCAAUGCUUGCAUCUCUGGAUGAACUGGCAGAGCGAAUGCCCUCUCUUCUUGAUAUUGACCAUCCAUGUGCCAAAAAGCAAAUUGCAGAUGCUCGUAGUUUGGUAGAGUCCAUUCCAGAACAAGGCGACCAUCUUCAAGAAGCACAUGCAUUUCAACCUGCAGAUUGGGGAUCAGGUGCUGAAACUGAUGUGUCACAAUGGAAUGUCCUGCAGUUCAACACAGGCUCAACAACACCAUUUAUCAUCAAAUGUGGAUCAAACUCUAAUUCUGAGCUGGUUGUCAAAGCAGAUGCUCGUGUUCAGGACCCUAAAGGUGGGGAAAUUAUCAGAGUUGUCCCGAGACCUACCGUAUUGGCAAAUAUGAGCGUGGAAGAAAUGAAGCAGGUAUUUGCACAACUUCCAGAGGCUUUAAGCUUGCUGGCUCUAGCAAGGACAGCAGAUGGAACCCGAGCUCGAUAUUCUAGAUUGUACAGGACUCUCGCAAUGAAGGUCCCAUCACUGAGGGAUCUAGUUGGUGAACUUGAGAAAGGAGGGGCAUUGAAAGAUGUGAGGUCAUAAGUGAAGGGCUGGAGUUUUUUGCAGAUGCCUUGUAUACUUUGUAUUAAAGACAAGCCUCUAUUGAUAUGCCCUAAGUUAUUCUUCGGGACUGUUAAUAUCAUUUUGGGAUUUGUAUACAGAAGUUGUUUACUACAACAAUAGUAUUUAUUUAGUUGAUUUAUUCUUUGGAAUGAAGGUUCCUGUUCAGAUGUA